AUGAUGGAGGACGAAGAAACUCUUGAGGAGGGACAUUCUGCCAUUUCCAGUGAGAAGCGUGGAACUAGGAAAAGCAACGCGGCUGGCGAGCUAGACGAUCAGAUCCUCGACGUUGAGACUCAAGGCCGCGCCAUGAGAGACAGCAGCAUAGAAGGACCCAUGAAAAUGAGUGGAAGCGCAACUGAGCAAGGCCUCCCAACCAGGCCACCUCAAAAUAAGGCAGAGGAGAAACCGCCAUCUCCCAUAAUCCCGACUUCAGAUUUGGACAAAGAUAUAGUUGGCUGGGAGAGAGAAGAUGACCCGGCCAUGCCGCUCAAUUUCAAGAACAGCCAAAAGUGGCUAAUAGUUUGUCUCCUCUCAAUGAUCACCUUCAUGUCACCAUUUGCCUCUUCUAUUCUAGCUCCGGCAAUCAUCUUCAUCGAGAAGGACCUGGAAGUCUCCAGCACUACCAAAGGGGCGAUGCCUGUUAGCAUCUUCCUCCUUGGUUAUGCCGUUGGACCUCUAUUUCUGUCGCCGUUAUCCGAAAUCUACGGCCGCAAUAUUGUUCUGUUGGUCUCGAACCUCUGGUUUUGUCUAUGGCUUAUCGGCUGCGCCUUAGCCCCUACUUUAGACACGCUUAUUUUUUUCCGCUUUAUGACUGGAAUCGGAGGAUCGGCCUGCCAGACAAUUGGUGGCGCCGUUAUUAGAGGGUUUGUCUCUGAAACUAUAGGAUGGCGUUGGGUGAACUGGAUAACCUUCAUUCCGGCGGCUAUUAUAGUUCUCAUAUCAACGGCCAUCAAUCGUGAAACAAACCAUCGGGUGCUUAUCAAGCGCAAAACACAGAAAUUACGACAGGAGCUUAACCGCCCACAACUUCGCAGCUGCUACGAUAACCCAGACACCCCAUUUCUUCCCACCUGGCAAAUUCUUCUUGACGGAUUUGUGAGACCGAUGAAAAUGCUUUUCCAUUCGGCCAUUAUAUUCAGCAUCUCCUUAUACAUCGCUUUUGCAUACGGUUGCCUAUACCUUCUUUUUAAUACCAUUCCGAUGGUAUUUCAGGGCAGCUAUGGCUGGUCUAUUGGCAUUACUGGCUUAGUCUAUCUAACGAUGCUUAUUGGGUAUGCAGUAGGACUUGGCAUCUUCGCCGUGCUGUCAGACAAAACUGUUGUACGCAUGACUAAGGCUAAUCAUGGGGUUUUUGAGCCUGAGAUGCGUCUAGCAGACUGUAUUUUCUUUGCUUUUGUUUUACCUAUUUCAUUUUUCUGGUAUGGAUGGAGUGCAGACCAAGCUGUACAUUGGAUUGUCCCGAUUAUUGGAAUUAUUCCCUUUGGUAUUGCCAUCGUUGGGAUUUGGCUUCCCGCCCAGGCAUACAUAAUCGACGCUUACCCUCAACAUUCUGCAAGCGGCCUAGCUGCCUUCUCCGUUUUGCGAUGCAUAGUCGCGGCUUUCCUCCCCCUUGCCGGCCCUCAAAUGUACAAAUCACUAGGGGUCGGCUGGGGGACUUCUCUGUUAGGUUUCAUUGCCUUGGCGUUAAUUCCCAUCCCAGCGUUGAUAUAUAAGUUCGGGGGACGGCUGCGCCAGAGGUUUCCAUUGACCCUGUGA